CUCAUCUACCUGUCGAAAAUGGCGACUAAUAGCCCCGGACAAUCGAUACACCUGAAGUCGCCCCGUAGCCCUCGUCAGCUACCGCAGUUGCCACAAAUCCCGAUCGGAGGCCAGAGAAGUCCCACGCAACUGUCGGUGGUCAAGUCACCGGGAACUCCGUUGGUCUUCGAGUUCCCGCCGGAGUAUUAUCCGGAAACACCCAACACGAAUUUUGACUUUGAACAGUUUGGCCGAGCGAACGAGGUAGAUCGAGCACCAAGAAGUCCCAGUUAUUACGUUCGCCAGGGAUGCAGAAGUCCCAAGAGUCCGAAUCCGGACCUGUUGCAUUCUCCCGGUCGAAAGUCGCCGAUCUUCCAGUUCUGCGAGACCAGAAAGAACCUGGGGAAGACCAUGAGCUAUCCACCGAGGAGUCCCGUGUCAGGGUCACCCAUAGUCCCAGUCAGGUCACCCAGUUCGAGCAGUUUCGGGUCGAAGAGCCCGAAACUCUUCGAUCAUCGCAGGAACUCCUGCUUCGGACUCAGCGGAUCUAAGAGUCCCAUGUCGCCCACUAUUGUCACCUCCUCGAUCCAUGGGUCAACCAGUCCGAAACACUGCGAGACGAAUAUGGAGAAUAAUUUGAAUUAUAAGAAUGGGUCGAGGAGAUCGUCCGUGGAAGGCUCGUUUAAGGAGAAGAGUAGUCCGAUAGAGAAGAAAGGUAGCAAGAAGGGCCACCUGAAUCGAAGUCAAGGAUGCCUGGACGAAGCCGGGAACAGUCAAGGUAAACCGAAGGAAGAAAACUAUGAAAAGGAAGAGAAGAAUAUAGCGAGGAGGUCGACCAGUGACUUGACGGAAAUUGAAGACGCUGACACGGAAGUGACGAUGCUGUCCAGUCCCAGAAGAAGGGGCUCCAUGAAAGGCGGUCUUGCUUAUCUAGCGUCCAGACGAGGCUCGCGCGACAGCCAGUGUUCCAAUUUGUCGAACGUCAGCAACGAGGAUUUGGGUCCGUUGAAUUUCACAGCUCAUCCACGUGGCAGGCAACGGAGGACCUCGAACUUCUUGGAGCUACCUGUGCCGGAUCACAUUAGGCCACGCGUGCACAGUUUGCCAGAAAAAGCGUACAACCCACGAGCCGGGGACGACCUCUACAGACUUCGGGCAUUCAGCAUCUCGCGUAAAGGUGUCGUUAAUCGGGGUGAUUCGAUUAUUUCGAGACGAAGCAGGAGCAACACUUCUGUCAACAGCAGCAGGAACAGCAACGUCUCGGGCGAAAGGUCACCGUUCGAGGGCUCAUGUUGCAGUGGUCAGGGUGUCGGAGCAGACAGCACAGAAAGCGAAGACAUGGAGGACAUUCCGAAGUACAGAGUAGUAUUACUAGGUGAUUCUGGAGUUGGUAAAACUGCGCUUGUUUCGCAGUUCAUGACCAGCGAAUAUAUGAACACCUAUGACGCCAGUUUAGACGACGAGUUUGGCGAGAAGACGGUCUCCAUCUUGUUGGACGCAGAAGAGUCAGAAAUGGUGUUUAUCGAUCACCCCUACGUGGAAAUGAGUGUGGAAAAUUCUUUGUCCACGUACGAGCCGCACGCCUGCAUCGUCGUUUAUUCCAUCGUGUCGCGCACCAGCUUCCAGGUUGCCGAGGAAAUACUGAACUACCUGUGGAGAGAGCAUUACACGCAAGAACGAUCCGUGAUCGUUGUAGGAAACAAGUCUGACCUCGCGAGAAGUCGCACAAUUUCCACAAACGAGGGCAAGCAGCUGGCAACGUCGAGAGAAUGCAAGUUCAUCGAAACGUCCAGCGGGAUACAACACAACGUGGACGAGCUUCUCGUGGGCGUACUCAAACAGAUACGGCUUCGAGAGACUCGCGACAAGAAGCUGAAACGACAGGGUAGCAAGGGGAAGUUUCUCUCGAAACUACACGGCAGCAAGACCGCACUCAGCUUGAAUCUGACCAGGGAAAUACUGAACAGAAUGUGCUUGAUCGAUAGUAAAAGCAAGAGUUGCGAGAAUCUUCACGUACUCUAAAUGUGACUAAUGCGUUCGCUACUUGAUCUUUCGCUAACAGGAUUGAAAUUGUAGCACGUCAUUAAAAUUAAACGAGUAAAACGUGUAAACCGCACAUGUUAAAUUGCUGAAAAUACAGCAAUGGGCAAGCUUCCAAACGGUAGCGAACUUGUUAACACGUCAACUACUAAGUCCACUAAUUGUAGACAAUUAUCAUUUUUCCCUGUUUAAUGCAUCAAACGUUCUUUUCCAACCGACAGUUUCCACAUAACAUUUUAAUUGACGCAGUAAUAAAAAUGCAGUACAUAUAAUUAUAACAACGGGAAAUUUAAAUUUCAAAUCGUCAACGAAAGCCAAGGGUUAAAUCCUUCCUGAACGUUUCUCGUAAACGCGGGAGGUAAUGGUCAACGCGCAGUUUGAGCAUCCCAUGAUCCGUUUUAUGUUCAUGCUUUUCAAUUACAGAAAUUUUAUUGAAAUCGUUGGACGAUGUCGUAGAGAGUUUAACGCUUUCGGUUACGAUCGGAACGUCGUUCAAGGAUCGUUACUCGCGACGUGAACCGAUAUUUCCGGAAAAUAAAAUCUCGUGCAUGGAUGCAUAGUCUUUGCCGUAUUCGUUGACGCGUUCUGACCACGCUGUUUUAUCUCUUAUCGAUUUCUCGCCGUUCUUUCCGCCUAACGAAUUCGAGCCUACGCGUGUCCCAGAAAGAGGAUGGACGCGCAAACAGGGUAGCUUUUACCCUUCCGAUCACACCUGUCCUUCGAAUAAUAUUUGCUCGAACUUCCGAACCGCUAGGUAAGUAAAUAUCCGCUUACAAUCGAAGAAAACGAGAAACACGAACUCUGACGCGUGUAUGGCUUCGAUUUGCAAGGGUUCGUGAUUCGCGUGAAGGCAUCGCAAAAAUUACCGUUUCAAAGUUUAAUAUCUUGCGGCAUAAAUUGUUAUGACGCUUUGGAAGAUUAGCUUAAAAUAAAAUUAAUUUUUGGAGACGACGCUGAGUCCCGUUAUAUGGCCCUUGAGGCUGCUACUUCUAAGAACUUUUUUAUCAAAUAUUAAAUUUUCUUAUAAUGUUAUCAAGAGAUCGAUCUUGCCCCUUUCAGAAAUUUGUGCAAGAAAUAUUUUUUCUUAAUAGUCAAAAUUUUAUUCCCAUGUUCACUGGAAUUCUUUCAUGAUCUCAAGAACAAACUGGAAGUCAAAUAAUCCGAAGAAUUGAUUUUGAAUGCGUCGCAAUUGGAGUUCGACGCGCGCCAGACCUCGAAAUUAGAAUCGAGGACAAAUUAAUCGCGCGGACAGCACGGGAGAAUUUGGCGGCUGUUUCGAACGCGAUUCGAUUAUUUAUUAGGAUCUAAUGGUUGCCGUUUGUCUCUUGCUCUCAAGUGGCAGCGUUCAUUUAUAUGCAAGGUCUGGUCCAAAAUAUUGAUGCUCUUUUACCACAAUCUACAAUAGAACGCAAAAAAUAAUACUCGUCCGAAAUUCAUCACUUUGGAGUCAAAUCGAUUAAAAUAACAGCGUACGUCCAGGCAGACAAUGAAAAAGAGACUAAAGAGAUGGAGAGAAUUUUCCAAUAAUUGCGAUAUAGCAGCCUUCAAUUAAACGGUUCGUAUUAAUCGGCGUAAAAACGACAGCUACUUCCGGAAAUUGAUGUCAAGGCUCGCGCCAAAUUCGAUCGUUCGGUUGGCUCGAUUUUCAAAGCGUUUUCCCAAACGGUGGUCCUCGGACUAAUUAAUUAAACCGAGUGGGAGUAACAACGCGAAUGAUUAUUUCUUCAAAGCGCUCCCUUUCGCGGUAAUACGCGAAUCCGUCAUAAUAUAUUUCGCUUUGAAAGUCGAGCUAACGAGCGAGCCAACUGGACGCUGGUCUCGUCCAGUCUGCAGCGACGCUGGACGUCCCCAUCGCUUAGCGCGGCCCAUAAACGAUCCAAUAUCGUGUGUAAGUGUAUAAUGUAACGUAGCCAUUAAGUCUGUAUCGAAACGUUGGGUUAUUCCGAGGAUCGUAUGCGAAAUUGAUUAAUUACAAAAGUACAUAGAACGAAAGUCAUUAUCUCCGCAAUCGAUACUUCGAAAGAGAUUCUUUGAAUCGAACUUUUCUCGUUUGUCUUCCACGUUCUUGUCUGAUUUUCGACGCUUCGGCCGCGGAUAAAUGGGUAUCGUGAGGAUGCACGCAAUUCAGUCGAGUAGGGACGGCCUAAACACGUACGUACAAGACGAGAGACCUCUCCGUCGGUAUAUGUGCACGUAGACCUAUUAUAUCGUUAUUAUCGACGUUGUUUUCAUCGAGGCCACGAGAUUAUCGAUAACGAUAGCGAUCGUUAAAGCGACACGAUUGUUGAAUUAGAUAAGCGCUUCACAUAUCGAGCAACCGCUUAUAAAACUUGUAGAAAGUUCGUAUUUAAUCGUAAUCGUUAGACUAUACUUGUUCCAUAACGUUUAUUUGUAACGUUGUUAUUUCGCGUACUUCAGAAUUAAAAUAUCGCUGUAUAAUUUGCUGGCGUGUGAAACAAGAGACUAACAGAAUUGGUUUUCGUACUCCGCGUGAGUAAUGUACAGCUAUUCGUGUGUGUCGAAAACGUUUUGAAAAAAUCAUUUCUCAUGUUGUUCAUCACCCUACGAAGUUGCGGAUACCGAAGUUUCGAAUAACCCGAAAGGCUGGUCUAUUUUUAUAUACACACAAGUUCAUCCGACACGUUUUAUCACGACUUGUCGUUUAUGCGAUUGACGUUUUUCUACUGUAUAAAGAACGAUUCCGCGAGAAAAAUCGUGCAAGGGUGAACAUUUUUCCCUCCUUUUAUUCUGCCGGACAAAACAUUCUUAUCCAGUUAGUUGCUAAACAUAAUGGCGGCGAAACUUUGAGAAUGGCAUUGUUUAACGUUUGUUCGACAUAUCUAACGAUACUUCCAGUUCCCCCUUGCACGUUCAUACGACAAUCAACUUAUUUUAUUAUCUAUCGUUGUAACUCGAUGAUAUCUGUAGUAGAAUUUAGCAUUUGGUGUUUACGUCG